AUGCAAGCUGGUGUGCCGUCAAGAGAGUCAAGUCACCGAGACCGAUCAUAUAGCCAGAAUACCCCAUUACCUAUCGGCAAUGGACCUCUGCCCCCCAGACGAAGCUCGAGAGGUAUGGGCGGUGGUCACACAGAUACAAUACCGAUGCCUCCUAACGGUUCUUCUCCUCGAUACGACUUGGAGGGUAAUGUGGUUCCGAGCAGUGAGGAAUGGAAAGACAGAGGUGCCGCCGUUGGCAUGAAAGAAGAGUACGAUGCGAAUGGAAAGCUUGUAUUAAGACAAGUCAAGAAGGGCGUUAGAGAUUUUGUUUUCGGUCGAACACUGGGUGAAGGUUCAUACAGCACUGUGCUUCUGGCCACGGACAGACAGACGUUGAAGGAAUAUGCUGUCAAGAUUCUAGACAAGAAGCACAUUAUUAAGGAAAAGAAGAUCAAGUACGUCAACAUAGAGAAGGAUACACUCAACCGAUUGAUAGAACAUCCGGGCAUAGUUCGACUUUACUACACCUUCCAAGAUAGCUCUUCGCUAUACUAUGUCCUGGAUGUAGCGAGUGGAGGUGAGCUGUUGGGAGUCUUGAAGAAGAUCGGGUCUUUCGACGAGGAAUGCACAAGGUUUUAUGGAGCGCAGAUUCUGGAUGCCAUUGAGCACAUGCAUAAUAGAGGGGUCAUACAUCGCGAUUUGAAGCCAGAAAACGUACUUCUGGACGAUCAAAUGCACAUCAAAAUCACCGACUUUGGAACGGCCAAAUUACUCCCAGAUCCGAGAGCACCAAGGGACCCUACGAAAGCUUACGAUAUCACAGGAGCGGAAGAGGAAUCAACAAGAGCCAAAUCAUUUGUGGGUACUGCGGAGUAUGUCAGUCCUGAGCUCUUGACAGACAAGAAUGCAUGCAAAGCUAGUGACCUUUGGGCAUUCGGUUGCAUCAUCUAUCAACUCUUGACCGGACGGCCGCCGUUCAAAGCUGGAAACGAGUAUCAGACAUUCCAGAAAAUCGUAAACUUAGAGUAUGAGUUUCCUCCUGGCUUUCCCCCAGCAGCAAGAGACUUGGUUGAACGCCUUCUGGUUCUUGACCCGUCGAGACGAUUAUCGAUCGAGCACAUCAAGAAUCACGAGUUCUUUGAUGGAAUUCAAUGGGGUCGAGGUUUAUGGAGAAUGAAGGCGCCGAGAUUGAAGCCUUAUAUUCCUCCAACACAAGAGCCUGGUCUCAUCAAACUUAAUGGCUAUGGUAGCGCUCCUCAACCAAUUGCUACUUCUCGAGCACCGCCAGCUGUAGCCCCCUCCAAUGGAAACUCCAGACCCCAACCAAGGGUGAUUACAGAACUUCCACCUCCGACUCAGCUAGACAUUGAAUGGUCUCCAGUCCUCACACGGAAUAAUGAGAGGAUACUCAAGCUUGGUAACCUCAUGGUUAUGUCGACUCCUUUACCACAUAGCCCAAAUUCACGGAAUGGCGAACAUGGUGAAGCACAUGAGAAGAAGGGACUUUCAAGGUUCUUUGGUGGCAGUACCACCAAGAAACGACAACGGCUAGUCAUGGUGACCUCGAGCGCUCGAGUUAUCAUGGCUGCCGCGGGAGGAGAAGAGAAAAAGACGAAAACUGAGAUCUCCCUUUUGGCUUCGGAAUGCUCAUGGCGCACUCAGAUAGAUGCCAAGGGUCAGGAGGUGUGGUGCGUCGACACGCGUGGAACCCACUACACCUUUGAGGAUUCAAAGACAUCCAUCACCACUGGCGAUCCGUCUAAAAGCUCCGCACAGGAGUGGAUUGAAUCAAUAGAGCGUGCAAAAGAUAUGGCUCUGUCUCAGAGUCUUGUUGGCUCCUACAGCAGCGACACUGGAUUUGACAUGGCCUCAUCCGUCUCAAGUCCAAGUAGCACUCUGCACGGGAAUAGCAUAUAUCCCGAAGGCUUCAAUGUCACAGACCGAAGUGGACGGAACCAUUUGACGAAGAGUCAAGCCAGUCUGGGUGAAGAACAGAUCGAGAAGAAAAAGAAUCAUCGGUUCAGCAAAAGACAGUCUAAGAACGGGCUAUCAACACCUUUCUAA